GUGUUGAUAAGGCUAGGAUAUCUAUCUCGGUUCAAAGAGCAUAGCACUCGAUUCCGUAUCGUUUCAGUCUUUACUCGGACCCGAAUCGACAAUAAACCAAACAGGAUGUUGAUUUUAGGAGUGAGCCGAAAUUUAAAGAAAAUCGUCGGCCCGACAUCGAUCGUACAAGGAUUGAGAGCAAAUCUGGCCCUGGGACCCAAAUGGCAAAUCCGCCUGCUGUCCGGCUCCCAGGAGCCUUGCACACAUGAAGAUGGCAUCGGUCGUAUCCUGCGGAAUAACCACCUGGUCGUAAGCAAAAAGAACAGAGAUCUGACAGGUGGAAGAGGCGGUUCUGUACAAGAAAAGAGAUCCUCGGCCACCAUCACGGAUCGGAGCCAAUUGAAAUACGCGAGGAGGCUCGUUGUCAAAUUGGGCAGCGCUGUCAUCACCAGAGAAGACGAACACGGACUCGCACUCGGCCGUUUGGCCUCCAUCGUCGAACAGGUGGCAGAAUGCCAUGUUAGUGGACGGGAAUGCAUCAUGGUGACCAGUGGUGCGGUGGCAUUCGGCAAGCAGAAACUCGCCCAAGAGCUUCUCAUGUCGCUCAGUAUGAGGGAAACCCUUUCACCAAAGGACCACACGAGGGUUGACACGGGCACUCUCCUGGAGCCGAGAGCAGCUGCAGCUGUUGGACAGUCUGGCCUCAUGUCACUUUAUGACGCUAUGUUUGCUCAGUACGGCGUGAAAAUUGCGCAGGUAUUGGUGACCAAACCGGAUUUCUACAACGAGGAGACGAGGAGAAACUUGAUCAGCACUCUCUCGGAACUGAUCAGCCUCAACAUCGUCCCCAUCAUCAAUACCAAUGACGCCGUAACUCCGCCCCCUCAGACUGACGAAGAUUUCCCCAAAGGGAAAGAAGGGAAAAAGAUCAUCGCUUUGAAAGACAACGACAGUCUUGCGGCUAUGCUGGCGGCAGAAGUGGAAGCGGAUUUACUCAUACUCAUGUCAGACGUGGAUGGAAUCUACACGAAACCGCCAUCGCAGGAAGGUGCCCGCCUUAUCCACACCUUCACACCGGAAAUGAUGAAAUCUGUCACUUUUGGGAAAAAGUCAAAAGUGGGCACCGGCGGCAUGGAUUCUAAAGUUCAGGCGGCAACAUGGGCUCUCGACAGAGGCGUCAGCGUCGUGAUCUGUAAUGGCAUGCAGGAGAAGGCGAUCAAGACUAUCAUAAGUGGAAGACGACUUGGCACCUUCUUCACGGACUAUUCACCCCCGGGAACAAUUCCUGUCGAAGUCUUGGCGGAAAACGCCCGGCAAGGCAGCAGAACCCUCCAAGCCUUGUCUCCUGAAGACAGAGCUAAAUGCAUUCAGACGCUGGCUGAACUGCUUAUCUCCAGGCAGGACUUCAUCCUCCAGGCGAACAACUUGGACAAAGCCGAAGCCCUCAAAAUCGGGACGGCCAAGCCUCUCGUCAACAGACUUUCUCUCAAUCCGGCCAAGCUGAAAUCUUUGGCAUCAGGUCUUCACCAAAUUGCUGAAAGUAGCCACACAAACGUUGGCAGAGUACUUAGAAGGACGAAGCUCGCCGACGGGUUGGACCUCAAACAAAUCACCGUACCCAUUGGAGUCUUACUGGUCAUCUUUGAAUCAAGGCCAGAUUGCCUACCCCAGGUCGCCGCCUUGGCAUUGAGUUCUGCCAACGGACUUCUGCUUAAAGGAGGAAAAGAAGCGUCCCACAGUAACAAAGCGUUGAUGGAAGUCAUUACUGAAGCUUUGAAGACAGUCGGAGCAGAAAAUGCCAUUUCUCUCGUGUCUACAAGGGAAGAAAUCAGUGACCUGCUCAGUUUGGAGAAGCACAUAGACUUGAUUAUCCCCAGAGGUUCGACUGAGAUGGUUCGUAACAUCCAGGAACAAAGCCAACACAUACCGGUACUCGGGCACGCGGAAGGGAUCUGCCAUGUUUACGUCGACAACGAAGCCAAUUUGGAGAAAGCGCUCAAAAUCAUUCGCGAUUCAAAAUGCGACUAUCCGGCCGCUUGUAAUGCCAUGGAAACACUUCUACUUCACGAAGACUUAAUCAGCAGUGGGUUCUUCGUCGAUGUUUGCAACAUGUUCAAGAAAGAGAACGUAACAGUUUAUUCUGGGCCAAAUUUGGCAGCAAAGUUAACAUUUGGACCGCCGGAGGCCAAGUCCAUGAGGGCGGAGUACGGAGCCCUCGAGUGCGCCAUCGAAGUAGUCAGCGGCGUCCAAGAAGCAGUCGAUCACAUCUCACAAUUCGGCAGCGGUCACACUGAAGUCAUUGUUACCGAAAACAAGGAGAAGGCUGCGACUUUCCAGAGGGACGUGGACUCUGCCUGCGUCUUCCACAACGCCAGCUCCCGCUUCGCCGACGGCUUCAGAUUUGGCCUAGGUGCUGAGGUCGGGAUCAGCACGGCUAGGAUCCACGCCCGUGGUCCAGUCGGAGUGGAAGGACUUCUUACUACAAAGUGGGUCCUCGACGGUGACGGCCACACCGCCGCAGACUUCGCCGAAGGCGGGCCCUGCACUUUCCUCCACCAAAAACUUCCCAUUAACGUGGAAUGACUUUAGCUUUCUAUUUCAUCUCUUUUAUGCUUCUAAAAGCCUCAUAAAUGUUCGGUCGUAAUAAAAUUAUCAUCAAGCUCAAAACCAAAAGAAUUAACCCUAGUGACUCAAUAGAAAAUUGUAUUUCUAAGAAAUAAACAAAAAUCAUAAUCUCAG